GCACUCCCCUGCCAGUGUGCGAGGCAGUGUGAAGCUGGGGCCAGCUCCCCACAGCCUCUGGAGUGCAUCACUGACCUUUCAAGACCUAUGUUGUUGGCCCCCCAGAACCCAGAACAUGGCAGAAGGGGAGCAGGCCAACCCCAGAGGGUUCAAAAAGAAGGUGCUGGGUAGAUGCCCCUCUGGGGGGAGGGGCCCAUGCUUCAGGGCCUCCUGUCCUUCAAGAACCUCCAGGUCUAGCCUGGGUAUGAAGAAGCUCUUCGCCAUGGCCAUCCUCGCUGGCAGUGUUCUGUCUGCAGCCCACGGCAGCCUGCUCAACCUGAAGGCCAUGGUGGAGGCUGUCACAGGGAGGAGCGCCAUCCUGUCCUUCGUGGGUUACGGCUGCUACUGUGGGCUAGGGGGCCGUGGGCAGCCCAAGGAUGAGGUGGACUGGUGCUGUCACGCCCACGACUGCUGCUACCAGGAACUCUUUGACCAGGGCUGUCACCCCUACGUGGACCACUACGACUAUACCAUUGAGAAUGACACUGAGAUCGUCUGCAGUGAGCUCAACAAGACAGAGUGUGACAAGCAGACGUGCGCGUGUGACAAGAACGUGGUUCUGUGCCUCAUGAACAGGACGUACCGAGAGGAGUACCGAGGCUUCCUCAACAUCUACUGCCAGGGCCCCACGCCCAGCUGCAGCAUCUACGAACCGCCCCCCGAGGAGGUCACCUGCAGUCACCCAUCCCCGGCGACCCCCACCCCUCCCUAGAGCCUCUGAGGUCUGAGAGAGAAGAGCGGGUGGAGGGUCUGGCUUGGGGACCAGACAGAGGAGCAGGGAGGGUAGGAGCCAGGCUGGGAGCCCCAGGGUUGCUGGCUGCCUCCUCUCUGGCGCCCUCCAGCGAGGGCUCAGCAGCCCCCACCCCCGAGGACUCAGGAAGGUCUGGGUCCUGACUCUGGCCAUGUUGCUCCCCCAGCCCAGCCCCAGGCACGGUUGCAUCUCACCACUGAUUCUGCAUUAGGUGGGAAGUACGGAGCUUUAGGGGUCUCUUCUGAUGAGAGUAGCCGGGGAGACCCGAGAACGAGAGAGAGAGAGAGAGAGACAGGAGGGGCCUCUAAGUAGAGCCUCUGUUGUGGCCCCAACUUGACUCCCAAGAGCCUUAGAGAGUCUGAGCCACCAGCCCAGGCCCAGAGUUGGGUGCAGCCUCGGCCUAAGGUCACAGGAAGGCAGAUUGCUGGUCCCAAAGCUUGGGUUCCAGGAGCCCCUCGGCUGGUCCCACAGGAUGGUCCAGGGUGGCGGUUACUUUGGGCUUGAGGCUCUCUAGAGCCCCAUUCACAGAGCAGGUGGCCUCACCCCAGCCCUCACUAAGGUGGCCGUGAGUCCAGGCUCAGACCCCAGGGUAUAGCGCUGUGCUGAGUGUCCCAGCCCCAGAGUCCAAUCUCAGAGCAGGCUCCUGGGCAGUGACAGAGCCACACCUAGGGACACCCCCCAGGCUAAUAUGGGGACACAUGAAAACAUGGCCCCAACACCUACAAGUCUUCUCUGUACCCCCCACUGACCCAUGCGUGUCACCCCAACCCUGCCCCACCACACCGCGUGGCUCUGAGGAGCACCCCUACCCCCGCCCUCCAGGUCCCUGACAGACACUGCCCUCCUGGCCCGCCCCUGGAACGGUGAAGGGGGGACCCUCACCCUCUCUCCCUGGGCUGUGGGCAGGUGUCACAAGUCCCAUUGGUGGGGAAGAGGCUGAGGGCUGAGACCCACCUCAGUGAAGAGGGAAACAAAGAGGGAGAACAUCAAGGCAGGAGGCUGCGUGGAAGAUUCUAGAAGAGGGUCAAGGUGGGAAGCUGUGUGGAAGCUUCUAGAAGGCAGUGGGGAGAGAAUAGGGUGGUGAAGGAGAGGGGAGAAGAUGGAAGCCAGAAAGGACGAGGUGAGUGACAGCCACCAGCAGGGAGGGGCCUCCAGGCAGCACUGAGGAGCUGGGGGCAGGGCCUUGUGGGUCUAGGUGUUUGUGUAAGGCCUGGAACCGGGCCGAGGUGGAGGGGACGCCCCUGUGGGCCCCCAGCACUGUUGUUUCUCCAGGUGCACCUUCCCCUGCUUCUUACCUGUCCGAGCCUCAACUCAGGGUCGGCGGCCUCCACGGAGCCAGCGCCGCCAGCCCGAGGACCACUGAGGCCACUCUCCGCCUGGACUCAACAGCCACCAACAAGCUCAUCUGGCAGUGCCCCGGGCACCAUUGUUGCUGGGGAGGAAAGGCAGAGGAGGGACAUGUAUGAAAAAGAGGCCAGGGAGCCUCACCAGCCCCAGGUUCCAGAGCCCCAGCCAUGGAGACAAGGACACUGCCCCCCAGUGCCACCGUCAGUGUGUGAGGGGCCCAUGCCGUCCUCCUCCCCACCCCACUCCCCCCCCACGCCCCCACCCCCCCACCCCCCCCUCCCCCAC